UCAUGCAAGAAGAGAGGUCUAGUGGAAGAAUUUUGUUGGGUUCCCCUCAGUCUAUCUAUGUCGAAACUGUGGCAAUUGAAACUGCUAUCAAGAUUUCUGUAAAACAGCCAGUCGAGGGGUGGACUGUUGGAGAGAUUAAACCAGAGUGUAUCACACAAAAACGUUUGAAGGAAUCCUAUCAAAUGAUACCCAGAGCAGAAAUACUUUUUAAACAUGACAAUGGUCGCAACAGAGAUUUCCUUUGUAUAUUUGAACUAACUGCUGGAGAAUCAACAACAACAACAAUUUGUGCAGUUGCCUCAAUUAAAGAGGACCCAUUUAGGAGGUCUCAGAAGCAGCAACCAAGCUCCAGUACUGACCGCCAUCGGUUAGUGACAGGCAGGAACUCGUGUGAUCCAGUCAUUAUUAAUGAAGAAAAGGCGUCCCUUUAUCUUGAAAAACUCCCAAAAGAAGUGUUUCAUACUGUUUGCAUGACACUGGAUAGGCCACUCAAAGGAAAAGGCAAUUGGCGACAUGUUGGAGCAUCCCUUGGAUUCAGCGAGGAAGAGAUUCAGCGUUUUAGAGAUGAGAUACUAACUCCUGAAGGAAGUCCUAGCAUGGUGAUGUUGGGGGCGCUGAUAGCUAGGCAACCGCUGUUCACUGUAGCAGAAUUAGUGCAGAUUCUUCAAGCUAGAAAUGUUAAGCGCUUUGAUGUUGUAGAAAUUCUUGAGCCCUAUUUGUAUGAGCCAAUUCCAGUGUAGCAUAAAAAUGUACUAAAAUGGUCUAAAAUUUGAAUGUACACACUUAAAGGAAUAGGAAAAUGAGGAAAUAGUACGUAUAAUCACUACCUUAAAGAUGUUAGGCAUUACACGAGAAAGACAUCAGUUUGUAGACUGAAGUCGGUGCACAAUAGCAUUUGUAAUGAACACCUUUUUUCCAAAUAAACUUUGGGGCUUGUGGUGAAAAACAAGGAACGCAUUACAAGUUUAUUUUCCAUGAUUGCAUCAAUAUCUAGCCAGUAGCACUUCAGGGAAAUGCAGGCUACAAUUAUAUUUCAAUUAAUGGUCGUGUGAAAGGUAUUACACUUUUCACCAAGUCCCUGAAUAAAUCAUCAAACUAAUGAUUAUGAAAUUGGAGCUAACAACUGUCUCUGCUGUGAUUUUUCGAAAUGUGAAUAGUUCACACCUUUAGAAAUAAA